CCCACCGCGCGCUCAUGCAGAGUCUCAGGCCGUCCUCGAGUCACAAACUACGCUCGUAAUCGGGCGCCCGAUUCUAAUGAGGGCGCGAGGAGAGAGGAUGAGGGCGCGAGGAGAGAGGAUGAGGGCGCCUGCGCGCGCUCUCCUCAUCGUCUUCGCCGGCACCUUCCUCUCCAUCUCCAUCUCCAUCGCCACCGACACCAUCGGCCAUGGCGCGUCCAUCACCGGCAACCAGACGCUCGUCUCAGCCGGUGGGACCUUCAAGCUCGGCUUCUACAACCCGCCGGGAAGCUCCGAUGCCAGAGCCUACCUCGGCAUUUGGUACGCGGGCAUCCCGGAACAGACCGUCGUGUGGGUCGCCAACCGCCAGAACCCGGUCGCCAGCUCCCCCGGCGUCCUCACGCUCUCCCCUGACGGCCGCCUCUUCAUCGUCGACGGCCGGAACACCACCCUCUGGUCCUCCGCGGCGCCUGCCAGUGCCAGAGACAUAACCACCAAGGCCACCGCCCAGCUUCUCGACAACGGCAACUUUGUGGUAAGGGGCUAUGAUGGCAGUGGGUCGAGUCAGAGCGUGGCGUGGCAGAGCUUCGACUACCCGACGGACACGCUGCUCCCCGGCAUGAAGCUAGGGGUGGACCUCAAGAGCGGCAUCGCCAGAAACAUCACGUCGUGUACAAGCCCGACUGACCCCUCGCCGGGAGCCUACACGUUCAAGCUGGUCAUGGGCGGGCUGCCAGAGUUCUUCCUUUUCCGUGGCCCGGAGAGGAUCUACGCGAGCGGGCCGUGGAACGGCGUGGUGCUCACCGGCGUGCAAAACCUCCAUACCGAGGGCUACACAUUCACGGUGGUGUCCAACGCCGAGGAGACAUACUACGCCUACUACGUCAGCGACCCGUCGGCCCUGUCGCGGCUGAUCCUGGACGGCGCGACGGGGCAGCUGCAGAGCUACGUGUGGGGCAAUGGCGCGUGGAGCAGCUACUGGUACCACCCAAACGACCCUUGCGACAGCUACUACAAGUGCGGUGCUUUCGGUUUUGGGGUAUGCGAGGUUGGCCAGCCCCCCAAGUGUAGCUGCCUGCCGGGGUUCAAGCCGCGGUCACCGGAGCAAUCGGACCACAGGAACGGGAAAGGGGGAUGUGUAAGGGUAACCGACCUGAGCUGCGGCGCCGGAGACGGGUUCUGGCCGGUGAACCGGAUGAAGCUGCCGGAGGCGACCAACGCGACGGUGUAUGCCGACAUGACGCUGGACCGGUGCAGGCAUGUGUGCCUGGCUAACUGCAGCUGCAGAGCCUACUCCGCCGCGAACGUCAGCGGCGGGAUCAACCGCGGGUGCGUCAUUUGGGGCGUCGAUCUGCUUGACAUGAGGCAGUACCCGGUGGUCGUGCAGGAUGUGUAUAUCCGGCUCGCGCGUUCAGAGAUCGACGCCUUGAACACCGAAGCUAACCGUCGGCGUCCAAACAGGAGCGUGGUGAUCCCUGUCGUCACAACUAUUUUUGGCGUGCUUCUUGUGGUGGCAGUUGCCUGCUGCUAUUACUUGAGAAACAAUGCGAGCACAAAGCGUCGGACCGAAAUGCCACCAAGUAGAAGGGGCGACGUGUUUCCCCUAGGGAUCAGGAAACGUUCAGCCCUGAGGACGAAACAGGAUCAACAACUCAAUGGGAGCAGGAUGAGCAGCGAAAAAGAUCUUGAACUUCCAUUCUUUGAUUUAGAAGUGAUUCUAGCUGCAACAGACAACUUCUCUGCUGAUAGUAAGAUAGGACAAGGUGGAUUUGGCCCCGUUUAUAUGGCAAAACUUGAAGAUGGACAAGAAGUAGCUGUAAAAAGGUUAUCCAAGAAAUCAGUACAGGGAGUUGUGGAAUUCAAGAACGAGGUAAAACUGAUAGCAAAGCUUCAGCACAGGAAUCUCGUGAGGUUGCUGGGCUGCUGCAUCGAUGACCAAGAGAGAAUGCUAGUGUACGAGUUCAUGCACAACAACAGCCUAGACACAUUCAUAUUUGAUGAAGGAAAGCGCAAGUUACUAGGAUGGAAGAACCGAUUUGAGAUCGUUCUGGGGAUUGCACGGGGUUUGCUAUAUCUCCAUGAGGAUUCAAGGGUCAGGAUCAUCCAUAGGGAUCUAAAGGCAAGCAAUGUGUUACUAGACAAAAAUAUGAUUCCCAAAAUCUCAGAUUUUGGUAUCGCAAGAAUGUUUGGAGGUGAUCAGACAACUGCAUAUACCACAAAGGUCAUCGGUACAUAUGGCUAUAUGUCUCCAGAAUAUGCAAUGGAUGGCGUGUUCUCUAUGAAAUCUGAUAUCUAUAGCUUCGGUGUACUGGUGCUAGAGAUCAUCACUGGCAAGAAGAAUCGAGGCUUUUACGACGAUGAGCUUGAUCUGAGCCUCCUUGGUUAUUCAUGGAAGUUGUGGAAAGAAGGCCGGAGUGCGGAUUUACUGGAUGAAGCAAUGGGUGGCUCCAUUGACUACAGUGUGGUGCUCAGAUGCAUACAGGUUGCUCUGCUAUGUGUUGAAGUGCAUCCUAAGAACAGGCCACUGAUGUCUUCAGUUGUCAUGAUGCUGAGCAGUGAGAAUGCAACAUUGCCAGAUCCAAACGAACCUGGGGUAAAUAUUGGGAAGAGCACGGACACGGAUUAUUCUCAAACCCACACUGGGACCAGUUUUACAGGGGAUGCAAUGAAUGGUAGGUAGCUUGGAGUAAAAAUUCUUGUUACUUUCUUUCUUCAAGAAAGUAACAAUGCUCGUCAAAGAAUUCUUGUUACUUUCUUCAAGAAAGUCUCUUGCUCUAGUGGAGUGGAUUGGCGAGGGCAAUUUUAUUUCAAUGCUCGGCACGAUCUCUUGUAAACUGUAUUUAUAACAGGCAUAAACAAAAGGGAUUGGCUAGAACUCAUCUAGCUGAGACAUAACUAUGGUCUCAUUCACUUCAGUUUUUCUUUUUUGAAACAAUCUUUCACCUCGGCUGAUGUUAUCCUAGUUGUAUUCUGUUUUUUUUGGGGCUGGCCUAAGAGCAUUAUUAG